AUGGGGUAUGAGUUGGCACUACCAAAAGUGUGUACACACUUUUCAAAACAUUUCACCUCUUUAUUUGUCAAGUCAUUCAAGUAAUUUAAAGCUACAUUUUAAAAAUGUCUCUUUCUAAGGUUCCGCACAUUGUAGGCGAUGAUGAUGACGCCCAAGAAGCUGUGAUCGGUGUCUCGGAAGUUGAUGAAAACUCAAACGGAUCUUAUGUGACCAGUGAUCAGGAUGAAGAAAUUUCAAACGAGGAUGAAACCGAUCUGAAUGGUGCGGAUUGGUCCAUGAAUGUUACUUAUAUAGCAGGAACACCAAAACGUGCCCACAGUUCGACGGAUAUUCAGAAGCCGGAUAUUCAGAAGACGGAUAUUCAGAAGACCGAUAUUCAGAAGACCGAUAUUCAGAAGACCGAUAUUCCGAAGACCGAUACUCAGAAGAUUAGAACAGUAUUUUCGCAGCGGAAGAGAUCUUACGAUACUGAAAAAUCUAAUCGGACAAUUCGCCUUUUUCAAUCCGCCCCACAAGUCUUAACUUCUCCGGACAUUUCUAACCCUCAGGAAUCUAUUGGAGAACGAGUUUCAAAACGUAUUAGGAACAAUCCGGCUGCGCUGGCCAAACCUGUGGAUAUUACCGGCUACUUUCACGAGCUUUCUGUGGAACUUGUUGAGGAAGGAGUUGGCCUGAAGCCCUUUAAAGCUCUGCAGAAGCGCAUUGAUCGCCUGGUAGACCAAGCAUUGGAAGAAUCUAGAAUAACCAAACGAUGAAAAAAUACUUCCUGUUAAGAUUGCAUAUGUUCUCCAUUUUGGACAGCCAUUGCUUAACUUACAAUAAAAUGCGUUUAUGAUCUCAAAGCUAA